AAGAAGCAAAGUCACAUGAAAUGUCUUUGUAAUUGCUAAAGCUCAUAUGUAUAUUUAUUUCCAUCUUCAAACUUACUUGUUUGCAUGGUGAGUACAUUACCUGAAAUAAAGUGAAGGACUGUUAGACUCAGUGUCUGAAUGAAUUUCUAUAGGGUAAACCCCUAAAUGUCUUGCCCUAAUGUACUUCCAGAGUGACCCUAAGGAUGACUUGUGGAUCUUUGCCCUGGCCGUGCUUCUGAGCAGCAUGUUUGUCUACAACGGCCUGAGUACCAUCAACCAUCAGGCCCUGGAGCAGCUGCAUUAUGUGACAGAGCUGACAGAACUCAUCAGGGCAAAGUCCACCCUUACACCAGAUGGAAUAGAAGAUUCAGCAGAGUUUGUGAGUUUUUUCCCAGACUUUAUCUGGGCCGUGUGAGAUUUCUCCCUGGAGCUGGAGUUAAAUGGUCUUCCUAUCACAGAAGAUGAAUACCUGGAGAAUUCCUUGAAGCUGAUUCAAGGCAUGAAUCACAAAGCUCAAAUAUCUAAUCUCCCCAGAGAAUGCAUCCGGAAUUUCUUUCCAAGACGGAAGUGUUUUGUCUUUGACCAGCCAACAAAUGACAAAAAACUCCUAGACAAUAUUGAGAAGGUUGCAGCCAACCAACUGGAUCCUAACUUCAAGGAAGAAACAAAGAACUUCUGUUCUUACAUCUUCACCCAAGCGAGGACCAAGACACUCAGAGAGGGAAUCAUGAUCAAUGGGAAACGUCUAAGAACUCUGGUUGAGACUUAUGUCACUGCCAUCAAUAGUGGAGCAGUGCCUUGUUUGGAGGACACAAUGACAACUCUCGCUCAAAUUGAGAACUCUAGGGCCGUUCAGAAGGCAGCCGACCACUAUAGCAAGCAGAUGGCCCAGAGAGUGAGUUGCCCCACAGACACCCUGCAGGAGCUGCUGGACCUGCAUGCAGCCUGUGAGAGAGAAGCCAUUGCAAUCUUCAUGGAGAACUCCUUCAAGGAUGAAAACCAGGUGUUCCAGAAGAAUCUUGUGGAAAUCAUAAAGCAUAAGCAGGAUGAGUUCUUGUUGCAGAAUGAAGAUGCAUCUGUUAAAUACUGUCAGGAUACACUUAAGCAGCUUUCCAAGCCCCUAAUGGAAGGUAUUUCAGCAGGCAUGUUCUCUGUUCCUGGUGGUCACAAGCUCUACAUGGAAAGAAAGGAAAAGAUUGAACAGGACUACUUACUUGGGCAAGUGCCCAAGAAAGGAGUAAAGGCAAAUGAAGUUCUUUGUAGGUUCCUGCAGUGGCAGGCAGCAACAGAGAAUUCCAUCCUGCAGGGAGACAAAGUGCUCACAGAUGAGAUGAAAGCCAUGGCAGGUAAGAGGACCAAGAAAGAGGCAGCUGAGAAAGAACAGGAGCUGAUGAAACAGAAACUGCAGGAGCAGGAGCAGCAAAUGGAGGCAGAUAGGAGGAGUCGUCCUGAAAAUAUAUUGCAACUGAUGAAGAAGAUAGAGAAGAAUAUAGAGAAUAUAAUAAAAGAGAAGAAUAUGAUGUUGGGGCAUAAAUUGAAGGUUCAAGAAGAUUUGCUUAGAGAAGGAUUUAAAAAGAAAUAUGAAGAUAUGAAUGUAGAGAUCAAUCAUUUGAGAAAUAUAAUUGAUAGUAGUAAUAGUGACAAUAUUCCCUAUAUUACAAUAAUCAUGGAAGCACUUGCCAGUGAGAUUGAUUCAAUAUUUUGUAGAUCUGGUAAAUUUUUUGGUAAUGUUUUGAGAAGCUUUGACUCAUUAUUUAAAGAUAAAUAAUUCUUUGAAAUACAGUAUACAAUAUGCAUAUA